CUGACGGCUCCUGUCAGGGGAUUUGCUCUGCUGAACUCCGAGAGGCAUCGAGCCGACAGGUGAUGGUGCUGUGAUGCCGGAGUCACGAUGCUACGCAGAGGGAACCACUGACAGGAUGGCCGGGGGCUUCUCCGGAUUUCUAUACCAGAGGAAUAUGCCCCAGGGGACGCCGACCCAGAACACGUGAAUGCGCUGUAUCCAGACGGGCCGGGCACAGACCGGCACCAUGUUCCUGGCGCGCAUAGACCGGCGGAAGUUUCUGCUGCUGCUUUGCUUCUCCCAGCUGCUCUUCCUAUUAAUCCUGUACCGGAGAGGGACUGCCGGAAUAUUCCAGGGGCUGUUUGGGGGGUCCGACCCGCCUUGGGACUACUCCAGAACCCACGACGUGUACACUAACCUCAGUCUGUUUGUGCCUGACCCGGAAAAUGUGAAUUCUCAGUAUUGCCCAGCAAAAUCGCCCAUUCUGGUUGGUCCUCUGAGCGUUUCAUUCCACAACCCCCCGACCCUGAAAAAGGUGCAACAGAAAAACCGCUACGUGAAGCCCGGGGGCUAUUUCAGCCCGAGACACUGCUUUGGGCGCUACAGAACAGCAGUCAUUAUACCGUACCGGAACCGAGAGCCGCACCUCCGCACCCUCCUCUACUACCUGCACCCCUUCCUUCAGCGCCAGCAGCUGCACUACGCCGUCUUCAUUGUCCAUCAGGCCGGGAACGGCACAUUCAAUCGAGCCAAACUCCUAAACAUUGGGGUGAGGGAGGCCCUAAAACUGGACGACUGGGACUGCCUGGUCCUGCACGACGUCGACCUCGUGCCCGAGAACGAUUACAACCUGUACAUUUGCGAUGAGGAGUAUCCCAAGCACUUAGCCAGCGCCAUGGACAAGUUCGACUACAGCUUGCCGUAUUGGACGUACUUUGGAGGUGUGUCUGCACUCACCCCAGAUCAUUACAUGAGGAUCAACGGACUCCCCAACAAUUACUGGGGCUGGGGCGGAGAGGACGAUGACAUUGCUAUGAGGAUCCGCCUAGCGGGAAUGAGCAUCGCUCGGACCCCACUCAGCGUCGGCCGAUAUAAAAUGAUCUCCCACGACCGGGACUCGGGCAACGAGGUGAACAGUCAAAGAUACGACCAACUCAGCAACACCCGGCAAACAUGGAGGGAGGACGGGAUGAACUCGCUGGACUUCAAACUGCUCUCCAGAACCAAAGCCGCACUUUAUACCAAUAUCACUGUGGAUAUCGGGGAGCCCCCCCUAGUGACAGAGAAACCAGGCGGAUGGAAGCUGUUUUAACCGUCCCAGUUCGGGGGGGCCAGUGCCGGCCGGCGCUUACCAAUUAAUGCCUUAUUUUGCACAGGAAACUGAGAGCGUCUCCUAUAGACCUUGUAGAACGUGUGGCCUUCUAUCAUAGGAUAUUGGGGGGCCGUUCCCCCAAAACGUGGCCUUACAUUUCUCUAUGCACAGGUAAUGGGAGAAGUUGUGUCACAGACAAUGUCGUGUCUCUGUGCAAUGCUGCUGCUGCUGUUCAGAACUCUGGGGCCCAACAUUCUACAACUAUGGUUGGGUCUGGGGGGGGGGGGGGUGUUGUUUUAAUGAUCACUAUUUUACAAGAAGACUUUUGUCGCUCCUUAAAUGAAAUGAAGUCUAUCUGAGCUUGAAGUGAAUUAUUAUCUGUACGGGAGUAAUGGCGGAAUGAAGUGCACCCCCGCAUGUAGCAGUUGGACUAUUCUGCCAAUAGGGGGUGGUGUAUGAGAUGAGAGGGGUGUUUGGGCAGAACUGGACCGAGACCGUGUAGAUUUGGGGCAAAAAUUCUGCAGUGUUUCACUGUGUGAUGCCCCGGGGGCCUUCAGCCAAUCAGGUGCCGCAAUGCUGAAAGUAUUGGAUCCGAUUGGUGAGAUCUGAUUGGUGGCUACAUCAGGCCCAAAUACUGCAACAGUGGGAAAGCAGCCCCCUAUGCAGGUCACAGUGGGUGGGACACGGGCCCCUGAUGUGGCCCCUAUUGCUUACACUGCAGGGGGUGUAGGGGAGACGUCAUUCCUAUAGUCCUAGCAAUAUCAUUGGUGGAUACCGGUGUGACAUCACCAUUGUAUUUAUUACUCGGUACCAGGAAGGAUUGUGUUAAAUGAACCAGUAUCCCCCCCACCCCACUUCAAAAGGGCAGAUCGAGGGGAUAUUAUUCCCGGGGUCUCAAUGAAAAAGAAUUCCCUAUUUAUAAACUGUUUUCUGGGUGUUUCUUUGUGUAAAAUAAUAAAAUAAAGUCUAUUUUCCUGAGAUAAAACCAUAAAUGUGCGACCAAUCACGGCAGUGAUAUUCUAA